AUGCCGGGUUUGGACUUUCUUCCGGCAGUCGCGAGCCCUGCCGCAUCGCGGCCCUCGAAGCGCAGUCGACCAGAAGUCGGGCGCCCGAAGGGAUCGACGGAACAGCAGGUUCAAGAGCUCAGCCAGCAGAUGCAGGAGAUGUGUCACAUAUUGGCCAGUCACGAUCACAACCUUCGAGAGCUGGAAGCUUGGUCAACUCUGACUUGGUUGCUCGAUCAGAACAGCGAGCUCGCGAAGCAUUUGAUGGCUCACAUGGAUGCAUGGAAGCAGAAAGCGCAGCAGGGACAGCCUCAUCCAGAUGGAGCAGCAAGGUUCACUGUAGGCGCAGCUUUGGCGAAAUGGGUGCUAGACAGUCCUGAACGGCGUGCUGCUUGUCCCCAGUUUGCGGAUGCCCAUGACAAGAUUACCUCGAUUGAAGAGAUGAAGUCGAGCAUUCAGCUCGCUUUCGCAAAGCCAAUCAAGGACGGGCGCAUCCUUCUCAAAAUCAGACCCCACCUGCAGAUGCGGGACGCAUGGACAGAAGUCUGUGCCGUGUUGUCAGCAGCGGAUUUAGCUGAGACAAAGGACAUGGCGGCGCCUGCUGGGCCAAUCAUUCGCAGUCUCACAAAGGGCGACAAGCAAUGA